AUGGAGAAGUUUUUACGUUCCUGGAGACAGGAUGCGCUCAAUCGCGGCCAGCAUGAUGCGGCGAUUUACAUAGGGGAUAAAGUGCUCGCCUUGACCAACAGCGACUCCGAUGCUUUUUGGCUAGCCCAAGUGCAUUUCUCCAACAACAACUACACGCGAGCGCUGGCGUUGUUAUCGCGCCAGGAUCUCAUUACCAGAAGCACCGCUUGUCGAUAUCUCGCUGCGCACUGCUACAUCAAACAAAAUCAAUUCGACCAGGCUUUGUCGAUACUAGGCGAUCACAAUCCCACACACUUAUUCCGCUGCAGCAAUAGCCGUCGCAAGCUCCAGCAUCUUAACAGCCGCAGCCAUGUCACUCUGCGCAACGGCAAAACGACCGCAUCUCGAUCCGGCCGUAUAAACAGCAAUGAAGAGCGGGAGCGGGAGGAUGCCAGCAACAUCCGCUUUGAGGCCGCCAUGUGCUACCUCCGAGGGUUGUGCUUCGCCAAGCAGAAUGCCUUUGACCGCGCCCGAGACUGCUACAAGGAUGCAGUCCGCAUUGACGUCCAGUGCUUUGAGGCUUUUGAUCAGCUCAUGAAGAACUCCCUCAUGUCCCCCGCGGAGGAAUUGGAGUUCUUAGAAUCGUUGGAUUUUGAUUCUGUUUCCAGUCCGGACCCGUCUGUCUCUCAGGAAGCGGCACAUUUUACUAAGAUGCUAUACACUACUCGUUUAUCGAAAUACUCCUCGCCUGCGAUUUUAUCAGAUGCUACGGAGACCCUCUCUACCCAUUAUAAUCUCGCAACUAACCCUGACAUUCUCCUAUCCCGUGCAGAAGCGCUUUAUACCCAGUGCCGAUUCGCCGAAGCCCUCGAGCUAACUUCGUCCAUUUUGUCGAGCUCGCAGCCCUCAUCGGAGCUCACAGUAACACCGCAUCUGUCAGUCCAAAAUCACCUUGGCCAUCCACCUGCUGUGUAUCCUCUCCACCUGGCCUGUCUCUACGAAACGGGGGCAACAAAUGCACUUUUUCUCCUCGCGCAUACGUUAGCUGACCAUGCACCCGAAGAGUCAUAUACCUACCUGGCUAUUGGAGUCUACUAUCUCUCAGUCUCGAAGAUUGCAGAGGCACGACGCUUCUUUUCCAAGGCUUCCUUAUUGGAUCCGCAUUCGGCCCCAGCAUGGAUUGGGUUUGCUCAUACGUUUGCCGCCGAAGGCGAACACGAUCAGGCCAUUGCUGGCUACAGCACAGCUGCCCGACUAUUCCAAGGAAGCCAUCUGCCACAGUUGUUCCUCGGGAUGCAACAUCUGGCCUUGAAUAACAUGUCUCUCGCCCACGAGUAUCUAUCUGCCGCCUAUGCCAUGUCCACUGGCUCUGCAUCCGGGAAUGUUCCCGUCAUCUCUGCGGAACCGUCUGCCGGGCUCCCUUUGCUCGGGGGUGAUCCUUUAGUCCUGAACGAGUUGGGGGUUGUCCUGUAUCACCAGGACCAUCUCGAUGCCGCCGUAGAGCUCUUCCGUCAGUCGCUCAGCUUGGCUGCAUCCCUCAAUUGUGAAGCAGGCGCCUGGGUAGCUACACGUGCGAACCUUGGCCAUGCAUUGCGACGUAUCGGGCGUUUUAACGAUGCCUUGGCAGAAUUCGAUGAAUGCCUUCGCAUCGGUGCGGGAGGUGCAAGCAUGGGCUACAGCCCGUUUCUCGGUGGUAGCGGCGGCAGUGCAGCGGGUGUAUCUUUGUCGUCGGGCGUAGGCGGCUACGAGGAUCGCGGUUUGAUCGGUUCACUCCACACAUCCAGAGGCCUAGUCUUGUUGGAACUGGGCCGCACCACGGACGCAGUGACCGCGCUACACGAAGCCGUGCGUGUCCUGGGAGCCAGUGGAGGCGGUGAUGCAGCGGGGGGGGCUGGCGUAGCUGGCACAUUAUUGUCGCGUGCGCUGGAGAUCUGGGCCCUUGAAGGACGUGAAAAGGACAAGUCACCCCCUGAGCCGGAGCUACCCAAAGCGUCUACAUCGGGGACUCGGGGUUCCACAAGGCCUCGAGACAAAGGUAAGGGAAAGCAGGCCUCGGAGGAUGUGACAAGGCGGAGAGGUUUGUCGGCUAGGCAAGCGCGGCACGAGGAAGAAUAUGACGCUACCCAGCAGGAACCAGAAUCAGGAACUUUGGAGGAAAGAAUGGAAAUGGAGCUCGAUGACGAAGCAGACGGUCUAUUGCGUCGGGCUAUGGGUCGAGUCAGACCCGGCAGAUCCGCUCGUCGGUACGGCCAGAAGGAUCCGGAGACACUGGCGAACGAAACCCCAACAUCAACAGGAACUCAUAUUCGACCUUCAAGGUCAACAAGAAACGGCAAACACAGACCGUAA